AUGAGUUCAUGGGCAUCACACGUGACGGUGCUGAAUCACCCAUCUACCGGCACAUAUUUGUCUCAUUGUAGGUGGAACUCUACAUUGGUGAGCAUUAAACACGGUGAUCUGAUGAUUGGGUGGCUGCUAUAUACGAAGCAGAGGAUAAAUGUGACAGUAUUAAGCAAUGAGAUAGGGGUGGCAGUGAAGUUGUUGGUGGCGGGGAAAAGAGGAGAGAAGAGGGGUCGCCAACUACAAGGGGCAGGGGUCGUGGUGGAAAGGGAAGGGGUAGGGGAAGGUCCAGGGCAUUUCUGGGAAUGGGUAUGGGCAAGGGGGGGGUAUGAUGAUGGGGGUGGGAUUUCCCAAGGGGCAGAGGAAGAGGACGAAGUUUCAGAGGUCGUGGAAGGGGAAAUUACAAUAAUGCCCCUGCUUAUGUGGAUGAUCAUUAUGAUGGAGGAUUUAAUCAAGAACCACCCAUGCAAGGAUGUGGACGUGGGAGGGGACCACGUGGCAGGGGACGUGGGUUUAGAUCAAAUGGGCCGAUCCGGUCAGCAACAACAGUGA